CGGCCCAACUGAUACGAUAUUUCUUCGUCUUCUUCAUCGUGUUCCAUUCGAUCUUCGUCUUCUUCAUCCUCUGAUAAAUAAAAACCCUAAAAAAAUUCCGAAAUUAUCCUUUUAUCUUUACCAGCAUUUCGUAUGAUAGGAAAUGCUGGUUAAGUACUAGUCUCUGUGGAUUUAUGGCGAUAUCCGUUCAAGGCUUCGCGUACAGAACCCACGUCACUUUCCGUCUCCCUCUCGUCAGCUGCGCUCACAAGGUUCGGCGUAGCAGCUCCGUUGCAGCAGUGGUGUCACCUGUUGAAUCUCUUAGUAUUUCCAAGCAAGAAAUCAAACAUUCGAAAACGUCAAGCGUAAAGAGUAAUGGUGAUAGCAAGGCACCUGAAUGGAAGAAAUUGAGUUCAAAAGAUCUCGGAAUCAAGACGUCUAUGAUUGGGAAACCAACACGAAUGGUUCUGAAUGGGCUGAGGAAAAAAGGAUAUGAAGUCUACCUUGUUGGAGGAUGUGUCCGGGAUCUUAUCUUGAAGAGAAUUCCUAAAGACUUUGACAUUAUUACAUCAGCUGAACUUAAGGAGGUAUUAAGAACAUUUUCGCGGUGUGAAGUUGUUGGCAGGCGGUUUCCCAUUUGCCACGUGCAUGUAGAUGAUAAAAUUAUUGAGGUUUCAAGUUUUAGCACCUGUGGGAGGAAGUAUGUAAGGAAUUCGAAUUUUGGUUUCAGAAAGCCUCAUGGUUGCAAUGAGGACGAUUUUAUUCGAUGGAGAAAUUGUUUACAAAGGGAUUUUACGAUUAAUGGGUUAAUGUUUGACCCCUUCACAAAGGUUGUUUAUGACUAUUUGGGAGGAUUAGAAGAUAUGAAGAAAGCUAAAGUACGGACUGUAAUACCUGCAAGUACUUCUUUUGAGGAUGAUUGUGCUCGCAUUUUACGUGGGAUGAGAAUUGCUGCUCGUUUAGGAUUCCAUUUUUCCAGAGAAACAGCUCGUUCUAUGAAAGAAUUAUCUUCUUUAUUGUUGAGACUUGACAGGGGAAGGAUUCUCAUGGAAUUGAAUUAUAUGCUGGCAUAUGGAUCUGCAGAAGCCUCUUUGCGGUUAUUAUGGAAGUUUGGACUUCUGGAGAUACUUCUACCCCUACAAGCAGCAUAUUUUGUUUCUCAAGGUUUUCGGAGGCAGGACACAAGAUCUAACAUGCUUGUGUCAUUGUUUUCUAGCUUGGACAGACUGUUGGCACCUGACCGGCCAUGCCAUUCUAGCUUGUGGGUUUGUCUCCUAGCAUUUCAUAAAGCUCUAGCAGAUCAUCCACGAGAUCCUUUGGUGGUUGCUGCAUUUAGCAUUGCUGUACAUUGUGGAGGGUCCUUAUCAGAAGCUGUAAACAUUGCAAGAAGGAUUUCCGAACCACAUGACGCGAGCUUUAAUGAGUUAUUAGAACCUGGAAGUAUAGACUCAGAUGCUACGUUGAUUGGUGAGGUCAUUGAUCUUGCGGCAUCAGCAAAAGAUGCAUUAGACAAGAUGACAGAUGAGCAUUCUGUUUCCCAAGCCAUGAGGGCAUACCCGCAGGCACCCUACUCAGAUUUGGUUUUUAUAUCGUGGGCACUACACGAAAAGGCAGGCAUGAUAUUUCAUUGUGUCAGAAAAGGCAAGGAAAAGGGAUUUGUUCCUAAAGGAGGGAGUAAGAUCAAUUUCGAGUCUUUAGCAUUGGGAAGACUUAGUGAAGUCCGACAUGUGUUUGCAAGGAUUGUUUUCGACACCGUUUACCCUCUGCAGCUGAACAAAGAAACUACUCAGUGAAAGGAAUCACCAUGGAGUCUUCCAACAUUGGAUACAAAUGUGUCUGACGCUGAGAGUGGUAAUGAAAUGAAAUCUGCUGCAUAGGAUCCAAGAGAAUGGCGAAAUGGCAGUCAGGUUUUAUCACUAGAUAGAGUUGAGGAAAGAAGCAGUUGAAGCUUAUUGACAUAAACGAAUCAAUUUGGAUACAAGACCGAUUGAUGUUUGGAUAAAUUCUUUCCUGCAUGCAGCAAUAGAUCCUACGGAAGAAUACAGAUCUAGUUUCGAUUGCGAGGAAGUUAUAGAUGGACUUGAUGGCCGGGAGACGAGAAAAUUCAAAAGUUGAAGUCGAAGAAGAUUUUAGAUUUAUUGGUGAUGGAUUAACCAGCUGAAGGAUGCCAGUGUAAACGCUGAUAUGACUGCACUUGAUUUUUUGAAAAUAAAUUAAAUAGUGGGAAAUGAAGCCAAUUGAUUUAUGCCAGUGUAAACAUUGUUGUUUUAUAUUUGGUUUUAUUUUUUUUAUUUAUUUAUUUAUAUAAUUGGGUGUCUAAG